ACUGUGCAGCCAAUUAGUUUUGCACUUGUUGCGCAAUUUACAGGUUGAGGUUAUUAAACGAAAUAUUCAAAGGAGUCCAAAUGUUACAGGAAUUCACACUCUAGUCGCCAAGAGGAAACUACUUAUCACCUUCAUAAAAAGGCGAAAAAGAGGGCUGCAAGAGCUAUUUCAUAGACCACAGGUCACAGCAGGCGCCAUUUCGUAUUUUCUGGCGAUACCGUAGUCGCCCCUUAACAUCGUUAGUGGACAGAUACAAACGCCUUAAGAAAUAAUAUCUGGAGGUAUGGGAGACGUACCAGGCACAUCAUUCCAUUCUAAGACCACGGGACACGUCUCACGCAGUGUUAAAUCAUUGUGCACAGUCGCCACUAACGUCAUCAUAAUAGUUUCAUCCAUUUUCUCUUUAUUCAUCUUUGUGAAGUUAACAGGAUUUUACGAACAAAACCGGAUAUCAAUUCCCUGCCCAAAAGCUGCAGCAAAACACAGAUUGCAGGAAAGCCAAAAUAUAACGUAUUCGUCAAAGGGAGUUGACAAACCUCCCAACAAACCUAAGCUGGUAAUUUUCUGGUAUCCAGGACCAGGGUGGGACUACAUGCUCCUAAGAGACUACGCCAAGCCGGUCUUUAAAUCCCUUGGCUGUAAAAUAGACAACUGCAUCUACACUGAGGAUAAGUCUUUAGCUGAUGAAGCCGACGCCAUUGUUUUUAUAGCGAGAAGUUUGGGGAGUAAACCAAGAAAAUUGCCACACCAGCGUUGGAUAUGGGUGAACCACGAGAGCUCGUGUUAUUCCGAAGAGGCUGGAGGUGUUUGGGCGGGGAUGUUUAAUUGGACCAUCACAUUUCGAAGAAACUCAACGAUAUUUUUCCCAUAUGGUUACGCCCAAAAACGACCGAGGCCUCUUACUAAAAAUUACACUAAAACUGCGCUCAACAAAACUAAAUUGGUCGCCUGGAUGGUCAGCAACUGUGUGACACGGAGUCAACGAGAGAGAUAUGUCUCCGAACUUCAGAAAUACAUCCCUGUUGACGUGUACGGUGCGUGUGGCCCCUUAAAGUGUUCGAAGCGCGAUGAUAAAAACUGUUUGGACAAAAUUAACAGGGACUACAAGUUUUACCUGUCCUUUGAGAAUAGUAUCUCAACGGAUUACGUCACAGAGAAAUUUUGGAAAAUGUUGGAUCGUGACAUAGUGACGGUAACAAGAGGUCCGGCCAAUUAUUCCAGGGUUGGAAUAAAACCCGAGUGGCACAUCAAUACGAACGAUUUUAAAUCUCCCAAAGAUUUAGCAGACUAUCUGAAAUAUUUGGACAUGAAUGUCACGGCGUAUGUUAAACAUUUAGAGUGGAAGAACCAGUAUGUUGGACUGUAUUCGAAGGCAGAGGUAUACUGUGACUUAUGUGCCAAAUUAAACGACCCCAGUGAACCGGUGACAUGGUACCCGCCGGGCGAGCUGAACAAGUGGUUUAUUGACGGGCAUUGUAUUCCUCCAAAUGAUUUGGAUUUUAACACUUAAAGGCACAGGCCCCGAUACCAAGACAAAAUUGAGAGUAUCAGAUAGAAGGUUAAUGUAGGCUAUAGUUAUUACACAUAAUUGGCGUGAUUAAAACGAAUGUUACACAUCAACAACAGUUUUACUAUCCAAAUCAAUAAGUAUUUACCCUUAUGCCCAAUGGAAUGAGCUACGUUAUAAAAUAUUCACAGGGGGGUAGAUUUAUUUACAGGCACUUAGAAUUACAAUAUACACUUCGAAUCAACUAACCCCGGAGAUGUACAUACAAUGCAUUAUUAAUAUGUUCUCAAUUCAUACUGCUCUUAUCAGCAUACUAUUGCGUAAAAUAUGUCAUUUAAGUCAAUUCUGUUGCGGAUGACAACGAAGGCGAGAAUCCCAAGAAAAUCCGUAUCCUCAAUUCAUCGCUUCUUUGAUGGUGAUCUAUUUUUAAGAACAUUUUCAGUAAA